UCGUAUUCGAAUUUUGAUCUCUCCGGAGUCAUUGAGUCUCAUCAGAUUGCGAAUGUCUUUACUAUCCUCUCGAACUGAAAUAACUGUGGUGUACAGUUUUUUAUACAUGUUCUUUCUUUUGGAGAAUGGAUGAUCCUGACGGUGAGAGCGCCGUCAAGGCGCCUGUAUCGUGUUCCCGACCGAGCCGUGACGCACAGGCUGAAGAAACCCAAUGGCUGGUGGAGACGCGCAUCGCUAUGAAUCCGCUGUUCCUGUUCGACGUCCUCCCGGUUGAUGACAGGAAGCCAGGCAAGCAGGAUCAUCUGUGGCAGCAGAUCAGCGAGCGAUUUCGUCAGCGCUUCCCCGCUCUGGUCCCCAAGACCCCGCUGCAGCUGCGAGCCAAAUGGCAGAAGCUUCUUAAACGAUAUCGGAAGGACUGUCGAGCCGUGGUAUCCAAAGUAACGGAUUACAGCUUCAUGGCUCAUUUUCGAUUAAUUGACACAUACUUUCGCAACCAAGCUGAUGCCGACUACCAGCGCCUGAUGGCCACUGUGCCAGACACCGAUCCGAGCCCCGGUCCGGCUGGUGCAGAGACCGAGGAGUCUGUGGGGAUGCCCGACAGCAGCGGCGUGACGGUGAUCGUGGCGUGUGAGACGUGCGUGGUGCCGCUGUGCACCCACACCGCCGACAACACGGACCCCCGCCUCGUCCGCUUCAUCCGCCUGUACGAGCGCAUGCCGCCCCGCAAGGCGGCCUUCCAGCAGCUGCAGCUGCCGUACGUGGGUAAAACCCACGAGCUGUACAUCUGUACGGAGCAUUUUUCCGCGGAGGAUGUGGAUAUCACCGCCGUCCUCCCGGUGCGCGCGCAGGCCAUGCCGACACGCAACCUCCCGGAGAACAGCCUCAACUCGUUGAAAAAAUUACCGAUCGAAGGGAAUACAGCGUUAAUAGAUCAGCGUAUGCAGAAAUACGCCAACGGGCAGUGGAAAAUUUUAUCACUGUAUCGUCGUGGAGCUGCCGUGUGCGAUGGAGGAAAUGCCGAGAACGAAAAGAGCGAAAUUAAAUCGAAAUCUCCGGCAUGGCUGCAUUUCCGCCCAGCGUAUCCCGCGGGGAACGUAUGUAAUUACUGCUCUAAACUGUUUCUGGCCAACACGACAUCCACACUGCUCAACCAUCUGCGGCGUUUCCAUGCCGAACACUUGGCGCCGGAAGUCAACCGGGAACUGCCGGUUAAACGACGGCGGGCCGUGGAACGCGGAGAAGACGGUGACGCCGGUCCUUACCACAGUUUCCAGUCGGAACUGAAGCUGGUGGAAUUUAUCACGGAAAUCAAUCCCUUUCAGCACACCGAACAAAUUGAUUACUGCGCGGCAUGGACAAAGGUUCUCCAGGCAUAUAACGAUGCUAAAGUAGACGAGAGACCCCUCAACUACCGGCCGUGUCGCGAGCGUCUCCAGAAACUCCUGCAAGCCAGUCAGCUGCAGGCGCUGGCCUUCCGGCCGCUCUUCCACCGGGCCGCCGCCGCCGAUCUCCAGCAUCUCGACACCCUUCUGCACACCAUCCAAGCGGCGUUUGACGCCUAUGAGCGCGCCCGCCGCGACAAACCCCACUGGACACUGAAGACCUACCCGCGCCGUCCCAAAGGCUCCGGUUUAUACCAGGAACCCCCGGCGCCGCCAGCGGACCCCUCCGUCCGCGUCCCGCGCAUCCGCACCAACAAGCCGCACUUGGUGAAAAAACACCGGCAGACCUGUAUAAUUCGGGGAUGUACGGCGCGCAUGGUGGACCAGAAACGCCUGGGCGUGACCCUGCACCGGUGCCUGAAGAAACCGGCGGAUGAGGACAGUGCGGAGAAGAAGUUGGUGUAUGAGAAAUGGGUGAAGGCCAUUGGACUGGAGAAUGCGCGGGCGUGGGAUGAGCGGAAUAUGAUUUGUUCGCGGCAUUUUAGUGAAGAGAUGGUGGAGAAGCUGGGCGGGGUGGGAUGGAAGCUGAAGAAGGGCGCGUAUCCCGUGCGGAUGCUGCGGGCCGGGGAGUUCAUGGCGGAGAAGACCGCCCGGGAGAAGAGCGGAAGCGGUCAGCAGACGUCUGGUACCAAGGGUGCCAAGAAAUCCAAAACAUCCAAGGGUGCCAAGAAAUCCGCCACGACAAAGAAGCCAGCUACCGCUACUUUCCAGCGGGAAGAAUUUCUCACGUGUUCGUUCAAUGAAAUCGUUCCUGACUCGCCUAGAAAAAGCCGAUGGAAGAAACGGCAACAGUCAUCACAGGAAGAGCCGUCGGCGCCAGUCCCCGUGGCGGCUGAUAGCGACAAGAAAGCCGCAGAGACGCAAGAGCCGGUUAUUAAGCGGAAGAAGCGGACCGGCAAAGUGCCGGAUAUCCUGCCGACGAACUGUCUUCCUGACGAUGAUCCGGACGGUCUCCCCCAACCGGCACGCUAUGAUUUAUGGGAUGAACUAUCCAGCCAUAACUACACCGCCCCCGAUGUCGGCUGGCAGCUCCUGAAGGGCACCACGAAAUCCGUCGUCUUCAGCCGGCAGCAGCUGACCCUGGCCGGGGACUGGACCACCCAGACGGUCACCGUACACGCCGAUCUGACCGUGUCGGUGUGCACCGACGCCACAACCCUAGUGCCUUCGGAUUCCUUCACCGAGUGCCUGGAUCCGGAGGGCCGGCUGGGCUCCCGUGUUGCUCUGGACCGCCUGCUGAACCACGAAUGUUUCCGGGUGAUACAGCCGCCGUCGCCGAGCCAUGCCGACGCGGAGAUGCUAGGAGAGGUCACGGUGAGCGCGCCGCUCCCGGUUUUGGAGGAGGAUGGUGUGGAUGACGGACCGGAGUUUGGGAUGCUGCCGGUUUGAUCCAAUUCGAUGGCGUUUGCCGUAGUCAGCGACCGCCGAGUUCUGUCGUUUGUUCGCUCGGCUGGUUUGAUAGCUUAUAUGCUGUAAUUCACGUAUAGAACAAGGAAGUCACGAGCCAGCAUUCAGUAAUUCCGAGAAAAUAUCGCAGUGUAGCGCUCUAAUUCUGUGAUACGUGAUGCAGUGAGUGCAGCAACAGCAUGCACAAUUUGACUUUGCCGCAUACGGUAAUCAGUAUAAGAGAUGGAGUUACAGGAGCGUAGCUUGCCUACGUAGGCCUGCCGAUUGUCAAGACCAUGUUUUCAUUUUCUCCCGUGACACUGUUGAGAGAUGGGUUUGACCCGGUUUGUGUAUGCAAAUUCUGACGGUCUCCGUGACUCCAUAUCGAUUUGCAAAUGUAGGAUGACCAUUGUACAAUCUGUGAGAAUUUAAUUUUCGAGAUCAGAUGACAAAAUAAAGACAAAAUU